GCUCAGCAACGAAACAACUUUUCCUUUGCCGUUUGCUGUAACCUGUGGAAUUUUGUUUUAAACGCCAAUCUAUCGAUAUGGCUCGCACAAGCGAUCAGUCUAAUGAUACGCAGCAGUUGCUGAUUUGCAACAUUCGUUCGGCGGGAACCAAGCGUAUAUUUGCUAUCAUCGGUGUGAUUAGUGUACUAUUGGUGUUUGUGCUAUUUUCAUUGUUGAGCAAUAGUGCUCAUAAAAGUGAAGAAAAUAAUAUCGACCGACAUAAAAGAUCUACGAUUCCGGACGUCGUAACAAUUCGAGGGUAUCAAAAUGAUGGUGGACACAAAAACAUGAGAAAAUACCAAGAAAAAGUCGUCGAUAAUCAAGUGUUGCGCCGAAAAAAGCGUCAGUCUGUUUUAGAUCCGGUCGAUUCACAGUACAUUCGAGAUGAAAACGUACGAAAAAAACGUGAACAUUUACAACAGGUGCAAGCCCAGUUUGAAGAGUGCCGCCAUUCUCAAGCGGAUAAAAGUAAAUGUGAUCAAUUUUAUCGUGAGAUGUUAUCCCUUCGGCAAGCACUAAACUUCGAAAUCGGAACACUCCGCCAAGGGACGAAAAAUGUACAAAACCCAACAUUGAACAGUGAACAAGCUGAAAUGGCCCUAAGCAAUCAUAAAAUGUCGGAAUUGCAUGGUUCAGUAAGAAAACCAUCCAGUGAAAUAAAUCGCGAAGGCCAAAAAGUGAACGAAUUUACACCAUUCCCACGAUUCCAUGAGGAAAUGGAUAGUUCACAAAACAAUCUAUGGACCAUUGACGAACCGGCAAAUGUAGCACCAGAAAUUCCAAUGCUUAGACCACCUCCGUCAACACCGCGAAAACAAUCAUCCAGUUUUCGGGAAAAUGAAAAAAUAUCGCCACUGAAAACACAAAGUUUUGAUCCAAGUGGUCAAAUUCUGCAAUUGUGUGACCAAAUCAGUCGUCAAAGUCCACAUUCGGAUCAACCGGCCAUCAACACUCUUCCGGGCCCAACAUCUAGCGGAUUUGUCACGAAUAACGCUCAGGCACAGCCACACAAUUUCAAUCAGAAUUUUCAGCCAAAUCAACAAGUGACGCAACAAUUUGGCAUGCCACAAGUGUAUGCGUAUCGCCCAAAUCCCGUGUGCAUAAUUCCCCAGCAAAUGCAACCCGUAGCCGUCGGCCAAAAUGUAUUCGUUCCACAACAACAGUUCGUUGGCCCUGUCGCUAAUAGCGGAGCUGCAAAUCGUUUCGUUCUCGUGAAUUCAAAUGCCCAGCAAUUUGCCAGCACAUCUCCGAGUGGCCAAGGAUUUGUCCAAGUAGCGGCACAACCGAUGGCCCGUUCCGAAGACUCAUCGUCAAAUGAAUCUUCUUGUUCUGCUCAACAAUCGAAGAAUUCGGCAAAAGUUACACCAGAAUCGAAGCGGGCUGAACAAGGACCGGACCCAUUUUUUGAUUCAUUCGCCAGUCGUUUAACUUCGGUCAAUGUGACAAAUCCAUUCAAUACAUGCGAAGAAGGACAGAUCUCUUGUGUUAACGCCAAUCAAUGUAUCCCUAGCGAAAAAUGGUGCGAUAACGUCAUCGAUUGUAUAGAUUCUAGUGAUGAAACGACAUGUACUUGCGCAUCUCGUUUAAAUGACGACAAACUUUGUGAUGGCUACCUUGAUUGUCCGCUAGGAAGCGACGAGAUCGGUUGCUUCGGCUGUGAUAAACGGUCGUACUCGUGCUACAACAACGCAGACGAGUAUCAGCAGUCGAAAUUUGCAUCGAAUAACAUGUGCUUCACGCUGGCACAAAAGUGUGAUGGUUUCCACGAUUGUUUAAAUGGAAAAGAUGAAGAGGAUUGCUCAAUGCUGGUUAAAUUCGUUGGAUUACACACGACAUUCAUGGUGCCGUACACCGAAGGUAUUUUGUAUCGUAACUUCCGCGGCCGAUGGUAUCCAGUGUGCGAGGAUCCAGUCGACUGGGCAAAGGAUGCGUGUGAAUCGGAAAUGGGUGAUCUUUUAGAAGCACCUCAGAUUCAAAAUCGAAUGUCGAAGUUACCGGGCCCAUUCAUCUCAAGGAUUUCCCGUGACGAAGGUCAGCCUCUCGCAGCCCAAGUUCGAAUAACUAAUACGUGCCCAAUGAAUCAAGCCGGCAGACAUAACUUUCACAUUCGUGUUAAGUGUCCGCCGAUGAAAUGUGGUACAGUGAAGCGGAAUCUAUUCAAUCCACCUCAGCUACGAAUCCGAGACGAAAAAGAGCGUAAGAAACGUGAAGAAUACUUGAGAAUCGUUGGUGGAGAUCGAUCUGGGCCACACAGUUGGCCUUACAUAGUGGCAUUGUACAAGGACGGUCGCUUCCAUUGUGGCGCCACGAUUUUCAACGAAUUUUGGGUGAUCUCAGCAGCGCAUUGUGCAUCAAAGGGCAGUAAUCACUACUAUGAAGUACAUGCCGGCUUACUUCGUCGUUUCAGCUACGCACCAGAAGUUCAAAUUGCCAAAGUCGUGGCAGUCAUAGUCAACGAUGGAUUUGAUCGACGCGAAAUGAUGAACGAUGUAUCACUGUUUCAAUUGGAGAAACCGUUGUUAUUCAACCGAUGGGUUCGACCCAUUUGUCUACCAUCGCCAGAACGAGUUACGUCACGAUUUGAUCCAAAUUGGAUGGAAGGUCCACCAGCUGGAACGAUUUGUACUGUUGUUGGUUGGGGAGCAUUGGCUGAAAAAGGAUCGAGUCCGGAUAAUUUGGAAGAGGUAAACGUUCCGAUCAUGAAGAACUGCAAAUCGUCGGUUGAUAUUGAUGGCAAUGAGAUUUGUGCAGGAGAAAAAGACGGUGGUCGCGACGCUUGUCAAGGCGACUCUGGUGGUCCAUUGAUUUGUCGUAGCAAAUCGAAUCCGGAGGAGUUUUACUUGGCUGGAAUUGUGAGCCAUGGUGAAGGGUGUGCGCGACGUGGUGAACCAGGCGUUUAUACUCGUGUUGCAUUAUUCGUGGAAUGGAUCGAGGAUAUGAUCAAUUCGGAUUUGUCACGGACAGCGGUAGCAACAAAAACGGUGUGUCCCGGUUUCACGUGCACGUGGAGUAGUCGUUGUAUUUCUAAGCGUUAUCAUUGCAACGGUCAAGUGGAUUGUCUCGGAGGGGAGGAUGAGCUGAAUUGUGCAUUUAAUCCAAUGACUGCGGCACGAAAACGCAUCGGUAGACAAAAUGCGGAACCAAAACUGUCUGAUGGAAAGCGCGUUAGCAGGCAAAGUGGUGAACAAAAACUGCCUGGUGGUAAUUUGGAUAUUCCAAAAGAACAACCUGAGCCACAUACUACCGAACCUAUGCCGUUUCAAACAACUGAAACACACGUAGAAACGAUGACGACGACAACAACACAAUUGCCCCUCACACUACGGCCCAUUCUAACAACACCCGAACCUGAUGAGCCCGCAAUCCCAGAGACUACUGUGGCACCUGAAACAACCACCAUUCAACACAUCGAAACUGGUCCAAUUGUAGUUCCGAUCGAAACAACAACAACGACCACAACCAUCACUGAAGUGCCGCCCGUGAUAGUUAUCACCACAGAUAUAGCCACAACUACUUCUGAAACCACAAAUGAUGGCAUAAACAUCAAUGAAAAGCAAAUUUUUGUUUGCACAGACAUCAAACAAAAUAUUGAUAUCAAAUUGAGAUGUAAUAUGCAAGUCGAUUGUGAAGACGGCACCGAUGAAAAAGAUUGCCCAUGUGUGGAUACGUUAAAGGCAAACGAAAUGUUCGAUUUAAUUUGCAAUGGGGAAGCAGAUUGCAUGGAUUUGUCCGAUGAACAAGAUUGUAACAACUGCAAACCAGACGAAUAUGUGUGUCGCAAAUCGAAUCAAUGUAUCGCAAAGGAGUCAAAGUGUGAUGGAAUAGUUGAUUGCACUGAGCGAGAAGAUGAAGAUGACUGCGUGGCCCUCACCGAUGGCAAAACCAUUUUGAUGGAUGCCGAUUUGCGGCCAUCAUUAAAUUACAAAGGGAUUUUAUGCGAAAAUGUACGGGGCGCUUGGUCAGUAAAGUGUGUGAAUCGUGCACAAGUGCGUAAAAACACUGAAUUGGCUGGACAAACGUGCACUCUACUCGGUUUCAGUGGCUACAGUUCACAUAAUGUGUUGAUGGUCGAUGAAAUUGGUGCGCCCAAAAGGAAACCAAGUGAACGAGUAGAUUUCCGACAGUUUGGUCUACAUUCGUGGGACAGAAUGAUCCCAAAUCGUCAUAUAUUCAAGAGAAGUGUGGACGAACAUCGAGUGUCAGAUCCAUCUACUGUUCUGCUUGGCGCACCUCAAAGAGGAUGCUUUGGGUUAUACGUUGAAUGUGUUCCCCAUACGAUAAUUCCAAUUGAUCCCGUUUUCCCACCUGAAGCAACAACUAUAAAACCAAUUGAAAUAACCACCACUCCAAAACCAAUCCAAACGACAACCACUCCUAAAUCGAUUCAAACAACGACCACUCCAAAAACAAUUGAAGCAACUACGGUAGUGGUAGAAACAACAACGAAAAUAUCAAAACCAGUACCACCCACACCGUCCGUAAAACCAAUCGAACCAAUACAUCAAACUGACGACAAGCCAACCAUUGUUGUUCCAUUUGUACCACCAAAUGACACCAACGUUGAAAUCAUAACGGACAACUUUGCCGCUCCAUGGGCAGCAAGUGUAUACGUUGAUGGUGAUCUGGCAUGUAUCGGAGUAUUGCUUGGUCAAUGGUGGGUCUUAGCUGAACGGAGUUGCGUCGAGGAUGUGAACAUGGACGAACAGGUAAUUCAGGUCAUUCUCGGACACUCGAAAAACCCAACGAAAAUUCAAACACCAUCCGAACAAAACAUCCGAGUUGAUUGCCUGAAACAUUUUCAUACACUAAAAACGGGCUCGGGCUUACAUUUGGAAAGAAGCGUACAGUUUAGCCGAUACAUUUUGCCCACCUACGUGCCAUUACAUAUUGACGAAGACGAUACUGACUGUGUUGCCGUUUCACAUGGACCAACUGAAGGAUUUGUGAGCAUUCCAGUUGUGAGAAAUGACACUGACUGCCCAAAUGAUAAGAAGAAUUGCUAUCAAGCUGCCGAACCUAUGGAAAAUAUCAAGUGUGAUGGUUUUGAUGGAUCUAGAUACGGUGUCAUUGUCUGUCGUUCAGAUAAUAACACAUAUUAUCCAAUUGGAUUGAUUGCCAAUGAAAAUGGCUUGUGUUCACUUGAAGAAAUUGUUGAGCUUGAAUUGCUGGAACCAAGCUACAAUAACUUACAACUGUUUUUGACUUGGCACGAUUGUAGACACAAAAAGGAGAAUCCAAAAUGCUCUGGACAUCGAUGCCCUCUUGGUGAAUGCAUCGAAGAAGAUCGAGUGUGCGACAAGAAAGCUGAUUGCCGUGACGGAAGCGAUGAAACAAUUGAGUUAUGCAAGGCCAAGAAUAAAUGUUUGCCGCAUGAGCUUCAGUGUGGAGACGGUAGCUGUGUGCUCAAAACGAAAUUCUGCGAUAAAGUUGCCGACUGCGAAGAUAAAAGUGAUGAACCGGAAGGAUGUACCUGUUUCCAGUAUUUGAAAUUGACCGAUCAAACAAAGAUUUGUGACGGUAUUCCGAAUUGCCAUGACAAAUCAGAUGAAACUAAUGAGUGCCCGUGCCGAAAGCAGAGUUUCAGAUGCACCGAGUCAGAUGUUUGUAUCCCGCCACAGUUUGUGUGUGAUGGUCAGUCCGAUUGUCCACAUGGUGAUGACGAGAAACUCUGCUAUGGAGCUGAGGAGGACAAAGAAUACAGUGGUUUCUACCGCGUGAUUGAGCGCUCAGCUGGAGAGUGGCAAACCAAAUGCCUGAAGAAAACGCUAAUUCCAACUCAAGCCGAGCUGAAAAAUCUAUGCACUCAUUUGGGAUAUGUGAACGCAACGAAUAUAUCAUAUGAACUGCUGGACCCCGAACAAGUGAUGGUUUCAAAAUAUCAACCGCCCGUCAAAGUGAUUUCGACCAAAGCGUCCUCAACAGUGCAACUGAACGAUCACUUUAAAUUGAAUGUCAUUCAACCCAGUCAAAAAAUGGCCUCAUAUCUACCUUGGAACGCUACUGAUAACGCCAAUUGCAAUCAAUUGUUAAUUAACUGCGGCGAAUAGAUUUUUAUUUCGAUGACAUACGGUUUUUUUUAAAUUUUUAUAUAAAAAUGCCAAAAAAAAACUUCAAAUUUGUUUUUAAUAAAAAUAAUUUUUGUGAUAACGAAAAUCAUUGGAAUUAAAUAUGUAGCCAAAUCAAAGAAAA